AUGAAUAUUCCACAACCAAUUGAAUCUAGUGCUUUCCCAUCAUUUCACGAGUCUCCACUGGAACGAGCGAUCAGCAAGAGUAUCCAAACAGCAUCACCUGGAAUCCACCAAGAUCGAGGAUGGGACGCGCUACCAAUGAAAAAGGUGAAGGCUAGCAAGUCUAUCUGCGGCACCAGAAAGAUGAAAAAAUCCGCAUCGAAGACGAUACAGAAGAAAGAGACGCAAGGAAAGAAGAAAUGGAAGAAGCCAAAAGGAAAGCCCAAUCGUCCUCUUUCCGCCUACAACUUGUUCUUUCGAAAGCAGAGAGCAACCAUGCUUGGAGAUGAUAUUCCAACUCCGAUGAUGGAAAUACUCAAGAAGCGAGUGCAUUGCAAGACACACGGCAAGAUUGGCUUUGCUGAAAUGGCAAGAGAAAUUGGACGAAGAUGGAAAUCUCUUGACCCAGAAAGUAAGAAAGAGUUUGACGAUAUGGCAAAGGAAGAGCGACAACGUUAUGUCAUUAAACUUGAAGAAUGGAAGGAAUCUCUUCGCGCGAAAGAAGAUACAAGGGCUCUCGAUACUCUUUCCAACGCUGCUAGCUCAGUUUCGGAUUCGGAGUCGAUCCAUAGUUGCGAGAAAUCAGUUGACUCAACUCUGGAAGGUGCACGCAUCACUAGCAGCACUUCUUUGAUAGUCAGGAGUGACCCUGCAUGUGGAAAUGAAACGAAGCGAGUUCCGAGUCGCCGAGCCGAGCCGCAGAGUUUAACACACAUGCCUACCCGUGUACAUGCACCCUUGAAACCUUCCCCCUCAUAUUAUGAACGCGUUGCAGCUGGUACUACCUUCCCAAUGGCAUCAAGUUUCCCAGUGCUUCACCAAGAUAGGCUCUUACUUCAGCAGAUGCUGAUGAACCAAGCACCUGCCCUCGGAGCAAAUACUACUUUACAGGAACAAAUGUUGAGUGGUGCAAUUCCACCAACUGCAAGUGAACUCGCUUUCCUAGCUCAAACCCAAUAUCGCCGCCAACAAAUGAUUGCUGCGCUUUUCCAGCGCUGA